GAAAGAAGUCCAGUUGGAGAGGCCAAUGUACAUCGUGUGAACAGCCCAGUUCAUGUGCAUGUGCAAGAGCUUGAGUCCAGGAAGUUUUACUCAAACUUAUACCUUUGUGCUAUCUGUGCCUUAUGCCUUGAGUUAGAUAUCAGUGGUAAUGGAGCUGCUUGAUGUCAUGAAGAACUUAACUAUCAAACAUCCAGAAAAAGACAGUCAACAGUUGCUAUUCAAAUCAAUUGCUGCAGAUAUUGACGAUGUGCCCACGGAAGUAGUUCUUGCCGAGUACACAGAUAAAACCUUGCUCAUACUAUCACAAUACCAAAAAAUUGGCAGCAUGUUAACAGUAAAAAAAGAUGAAGUCCAUAAUCCCCUUGGGAGUAGUGAUAUUUAUACAACAAACGUUAUUUUUGGUGCUACAGGAGAGGAGCAACAAGUAGCAGCAAGGUACCUGGCAGAGGCCAUCAAAAUAACUAAACCACUGAACAUCUUCAUCAACCUGAAGUCCUAUGAUAUUGAGACUUUAAAGGCCUGUGUGGAUAUCGUACAAGACCUUAGGAGGGAUCAGGAUGACAUCUAAAAAUAAACAAGAUUUAUAUGAGAAGCUUUCCAAAAUUGAAUUAGAACUAGACAACUUGCUCGAUGGGGGUGAGAAAGCCAUCAGAGUACAUCUGCUACACCAAUAUAAUGAUGUCAAAGACGCUGCUCAAAUAGUCAUCAAUUACAUAGCUAAUGUCGAAGGAACCACUGUCACCGAAAUCCAUAAGCGUUUAAAUCUCAGUGAAUGAAUAAAACAAUUUCAUAAUGA